AUGGAGGAGAAGGCUUCAAGGAAGAGGAAGAUGCCCCGAGACACUCAGGCAGGUGAGGAGGAAUGCUUGGAGUGUGGGAAGAGCUUCAGGCAGAGCAGCACCCUGAUCAGCCACCAGAUGAUCCACACAGGGGAAUGGGCCUACGAGUGUGGGGAAUGUGGGAAGGGCUUCAGCUGCAGCUCAAAACUUGUCAGGCAUCAACGCAUCCACACUGGGGAGAGGCCCUACGAGUGUCCUGAGUGCCAGAAGAGGUUUCACACCAGCUCAAAUCUCCUCUGCCACCAGCGGAUUCACACAGAUGAGAGGCCCUUCCACUGUUCUGACUGUGGGAAGAGCUUCAAGUACAACUCCUACCUCAUGAAGCACCAGCACAUCCACACUGGGGAGAGGCCCUACCAGUGUCCCCAGUGUGGGAAGAGGUUUCACAUGAGCUCCAAUCUCCUCCAGCACCAGCGGAUUCACACAGAUGAGAGGCCCUUCCGCUGCUCUGACUGCGGGAAGGGCUUCAACCGCAAUUCCCACCUUGUCACCCACCGGCGUAUCCACACUGGGGAGAGGCCCUACGAGUGCAACAGAUGUGGGAAGAGCUUCAGGCAGAGCAGCACCCUGAUCAGCCACCAGAUGAUCCACACUGGGGAAUGGCCCUACGAGUGUGGGGAAUGUGGGAAGGGCUUCAGCUGCAGCUCAAAACUUGUCAGGCAUCAACGCAUCCACACUGGGGAGAGGCCCUACGAGUGUCCUGAGUGCCAGAAGAGGUUUCACACCAGCUCAAAUCUCCUCUGCCACCAGCAGAUUCACACAGAUGAGAGGCCCUUCCACUGUUCUGACUUUGGGAAGAGCUUCAAGUACAACUCCUACCUCAUGAAGCACCAGCGCAUCCACACUGGGGAGAGGCCCUACGAGUGUCCCCAGUGUGGGAAGAGGUUUCACAUGAGCUCCAAUCUCCUCCAGCACCAGUGGAUUCACACAGAUGAGAGGCCCUUCUGCUGCCCUGACUGCGGGAAGGCCUUCAACCGCAACUCCCACCUUGUCACCCACCGGCGUAUCCACACUGGGGAGAGGCCCUACGAGUGUCCCCAGUGUGGGAAGAGCUUCAGACAGAGCUCUCAUUUGAACAGACACCAACAAAGUCACCAGGGAGAAAAGCCCCACAAGUGCUUGGAGUGUGGGAAGAGCUUCAGGUGGAGCUCCCACCUGAUCGUGCACCGGAGGAGCCACACUGAGGAGAGGCCCUACGAGUGUGAUCAGUGCAGGAAGAGGUUUCAGACCAGCUCCCAUCUCCUCGUGCACCAGCGCACGCACACAGAGGAGAGGCCCUUCCGCUGCCCCGACUGCGGGCAGGGCUUCAGGCACAACUCCACCCUCAUCAGGCACCGGCUCAUCCACACUGGGGAGAGGCCCCACGAGUGUGAGGAAUGUGGGAAAAGCUUCAGGCAGAGCUCCCACCUGAUCAGCCACCGGAGGACCCACACUGGGGAACGGCCCUAUGAGUGUGGGGAGUGUGGGAAAAGCUUCAGCCAGCAUUCCAGCCUGAUCAUGCACCAAAAGAUCCACUCUGGGGAGAGGCCCUCUGAGUGUUCCAAGUGUGGGAAGGGAUUUCGGAUCCGCUUCCAUCUUUUCCGGCACUAUCAGAGUCACACAGAGGAGAGGCCCUUUCUCUGCCCCGACUGCGGGAAGGGAAUCAGGCACAACUCCCACCUUGUCAGGCACCGGCGCAUCCACACUGGGGAGAGGCCCUACGAGUGUCCCCAGUGUGGGAAGAGCUUCUCAUGCAAAUCCCACUUGACCCGACACCAACGGAUCCAUGAUGGGGAGAAGCCCCACAAGUGCUUGGAGUGUGGGAAGAGCUUCAGGUGCAGCUCCAGCCUGAUCAGGCUCCAGGUGAUCCACACUGGGGAGAGGCCCUACGAGUGUGAUCAGUGCAGGAAGAGGUUUCAGAGCAGCUCCAGUCUCCUCCUGCACCAGCGCACGCACACAGAGGAGAGGCCCUUCCACUGCCCCGACUGCGGGCAGGGCUUCAGGCAGAGCUCCCAUCUUGUCCGGCACCGGCGCAUCCACACUGGGGAGAGGCCCCAUAAGUGUGAAGAAUGUGGGAGGAGCUUCAGGGAGAGCUCCACCCUGAUCCAGCACCAGAGGACCCACACUGGGGAACGGCCCUACAAGUGUGGGGAGUGUGGGAAGAGAUUCGGACAUCGCGCCAACCUCCUUGUCCACCAAAAGAUCCACACUGGGGAGAGGCCCUACGAGUGUUCCGAGUGUGGGAAGGGGUUUAGGAUUAGCUCUGAUCUCCUCCAGCACUAUCGGAUUCACACAGAGGAGAGGCCCUUCUGCUGCCCCGACUGUGGGCAGGGAUUCAAGCGCAACUCCAACCUCGUCACCCACCGGCGCAUCCACACUGGGGAGAGGCCCUACGAGUGUCCCCAGUGCGGCCGGAGAUGGAGCCAGAGCUCAGAGCUGGUGGUCCAUGAGCAGCUCCAUGAUGGGGAGAAGCCCCACAAGUGCUUGGAGUGUGGGAAGAGCUUCAGGAGGAGCUCCAGCCUGAUCAGGCUCCAGGUGAUCCACAGUGGGGAACGGCCCUACGAGUGUGGGGAAUGCGGGAAGAGCUUCAGACUUCUGAUCUACCUGAUCUACCACCAAAAUAUCCACUCUGGGGAGAGGCCCUACGAGUGUUCCGAGUGUGGGAAGGGGUUUUGGAUCCGCUCCCAUCUUUUCUGGCACUAUCGGAUUCACACAGAGGAGAGGCCCUUCUGCUGCCCCGACUGCAAGAAGGGAUUCAGGCACAACUCCAACCUUGUCACCCACCGGCACAUCCACACUGGGGAGAGGCCCUACGAGUGUCCCCAGUAUGGGAAGAGCUCCUCCAGCAGCUCUAACUUGACCAGACACCAACGGAGGCACUGGUGA